UCGAUCCUGCAGGUCGAAACAUUCGAUAAUCGAGCUAGCUAAUAGCUACCCAUGGGCAUGGCUGUUGCUGCUGCCGCUGGCACCAUUGCCAUUGGUACACCCGCCUGCUUCGCUGCUCGGCAUGCACUGCUUCUAGUGGUGGCGCUGCCGCUGCUGCUGCCUCCAUGCCGCGUCGUCGUCGAAGCGCAGCCCUCGCCGGGAUUCUACCCGAGCAAGCGGUUCCGGGCGCGGCCUUUCUACCGCGACUUCCGCAACCUGUGGGGCGCGCAGCACCAGUCCGUGGGCGGCGCCGGCGACGUCACCGUCUGGCUGGACUCCACCUCCGGGAGCGGUUUCAAGUCGCACCGCGCCUUCCGCUCCGGCUACUUCGGCGCCUCCAUCAAGCUGCAGCCCGGAUACACCGCCGGCGUCAUCACCGCUUUCUAUUUGUCCAACAGCGAGGCGCACCCGGGGUUGCACGACGAGAUGGACAUGGAGUUCCUGGGGACGACGCCGGGGCAGCCGUACACGCUGCAGACCAACGUGUACAUCAGCGGCAGCGGCGACGGCGGCCCCGGCCGUGUCGUCGGCCGGGAGGUCAAGUUCCACCUCAGCUGGUUCGACCCCACCGCCGACUUCCACCACUACGCCAUCCUCUGGAGCCCCACGCAUAUCAUCUUCUACGUGGACGACGUGCCAAUCCGGCGGUACCCUCGGCGCAGCGCGGCGACGUUCCCGCGGCUGCCGAUGUGGGUGUACGGCUCCAUCUGGGACGCCUCCUCGUGGGCCACCGACGACGGCAGGUCCAAGGCCGACUACCGGUUCAGCCCCUUCGUGUCCCGCUUCUCCGGACUGCUCAUCCGCGCCUGCUCGCCGCGCGCCCCGCCGCGCUGCCACGCGCCAAGGCCCGGGCCGUCGGUCGACGACGCGCUGAGCCCGCGGCAGGAGGCGGCGAUGGGGUGGGUGCAGCGCAACCACAUGGUGUACAACUACUGCCUCGACCCCAAGAGAGACCACGCACGCACCACCACCCCAGAAUGCAUCCAUCAUGCAGCAGGCGAUACCUAAGGAUCCAAGCAAGCUACUAGUAUCUAUUAGCUAGCCGCAAUUAAUAUCAAUUAAUUAGUUAGUUAAUUGAGAUAUGCAUGUACCGUCAUAUAUAUACUCCAAACGAUCAUCCCAUGAUAUAUAGAUGGAUCAUAUAUAUGUAUAAUUAAUAAUGUAUGAGAUCGAUCGAGCUUCCCGAUCGAUCCCAAGCGUAUGUAUUGUCAAUAACGAGUACUACUUAAUAAUGAUAAUAAUAAUAAAAAGCACUGCUAUGG